CGGGGGUCUCCACUGGGGACACUACUGGGGACUGAGGGGGGUCACUGUGGGGCUUCAGGGAUCGCCACUAGGGAAGCUAGUGGGGCUUGGGGAAACUCAUGGUUCUCCACUGGAGACGCAGGAGUUGUCACUAGAGAUGUUGGGGUCACAAUCGGGGACGGGGAAAACUUGAGGGUCGUUACAGGGACUUGGGCAUCAUCAGGGAUAGCGGGGAUGUCACCAGGGAUGCGGGUGUCACAGCCUGGAAAACUGGAGGAUGAGGGAAAGCCGUCCCCACCCCAAAAUCCCACCUCAGCCUCUGCAGGCUUGGACCCCUUCCCUCCUUCCUAGCUAUUUAGCAAAUUAGCGUCCAGCUUUUGAAUGCUUGCCCCUUUCCCUAGUUAAUUCCGAACUGCAGUAUCUUUCAUUUAUUUAAUUGCCACCAGUAUCAAGAGGUUUUGUCCUUCAAGUGUGAGGUUUUGGCCGCGCCGAAGCACCGGGGACCCUGCGGGUGGAGAAAAUGGUUCCAGCCAGUCCGCGCUCUCUCACACUCCAGGCAGCCUGCCUAUUGUGCGCCUGUGAUUGACAAGACCACGAGGCUGAGCGCUCUCGGGAAUUUUUUUUUUUUCUCUAUAAAUGGCUUAAACCCUCGGUCUAGACGACUCAUUCGGACAUUCGGGAGACAAUUGCUUUCUUGUUCAUUGCGGGUGAACCCUCGCUCCUGGGCUGACCUGGAAUUUAAGGAGCGCCUCCCUGAACUACUAGAAGAUAAGCCAGACCUGGGGCGGGUUGGGAGGCUGGGACAUCACUCCAGCUGGAGCUGACACCGGGUGCUGGACGUCCAGGCUGGGCUUUUCUGUUUUCUGUGAUGGACUGCAGUAAUGGAUGCGCGGCGCCCUUUGCUGGAGAACGAGGAUCAGAAGUGGCUGAGACUUUUAGGGCCAAAGACCUCGUCAUUACAUCAGCCACUGUCUUGAAGGAAAAGCCAGACCCCAACUCUCUGGUGUUUGGAACUACGUUCACUGACCACAUGCUGACAGUGGAGUGGUCCUUGGCAUCUGGAUGGGAGAAACCUCACAUUAAGCCUUUUGAAAACUUGUCUAUACAUCCUGCUGCCUCAGUUUUACACUAUGGUGUGGAACUGUUUGAAGGCUUGAAGGCCUUUCGAGGAGUCGAUAACAAGAUCCGAUUGUUUCGGCCUGAACUCAACAUGAAGAGAAUGUGCCGAUCUGCUCUGCGGGCCACUUUGCCGGUGUUUGACCAGGAGGAGCUUCUGGAAUGCAUUCGGCAGCUCAUACAGAUAGACCAAGAGUGGGUCCCGUAUUCCACCUCUGCCAGUCUCUACAUCCGCCCCACGUUUAUCGGGACUGAGCAAUCUCUUGGAGUCAAGAAGCCAUCCAGAGCCUUGCUCUUUGUGAUCCUGAGCCCUGUGGGACCUUAUUUUUCUAGCGGAACCUUUAAUCCAGUGUCACUGUGGGCCAAUCCAAAGUAUGUCAGGGCCUGGCAAGGUGGAACUGGGGACUGCAAGAUCGGUGGCAAUUAUGGUGCGUCCCUUUUGGCACAGUGCGAGGCAGCAGAGAAUGGCUGUCAGCAGGUCCUCUGGCUGUAUGGCAAGGAAGACCAGAUAACUGAAGUGGGCACGAUGAAUCUGUUCCUCUACUGGAUAAAUGAAAAUGGAGAGGAAGAGCUGGCGACACCUCCGCUAGAUGGCAUCAUUCUCCCAGGUGUGACGAGGCAGAGCAUCAUAGAGCUGGCACAACAGUGGGGUGAGUUUAAGGUGUGUGAGAGAUACCUCACCAUGGAUGACCUGACCACUGCCCUGGAGGGGAACAGAGUGAAGGAGAUGUUUGGCUCAGGGACGGCCUGCGUCGUCUGCCCGGUUUCAGACAUUCUCUACAAGGGCCAGAUGCUGCACAUUCCAACAAUGGAGAACGGUCCCAAGCUUGCAAGCCGCAUCUUAGGAAAGUUGACUGAUAUCCAGUACGGAAGGGUGGAGAGCGACUGGACAACAGUGUUACCCUGAUGGAAACCCCCGUGGGUUGGUGAUGUGCCACAGAAGACGGACCUCUGCCCUCAACCGUGACCACCUGUUAGUAGUUUUGCAUAUUGUAGAUGCAGAGUUCAUGUUUUACCAAGUGGAGGUUUUUCCUUGAGCCACAGAAAAUUGCCAAUGCCAAAUGUUACCUGUAAAUGUGGUAGUAAUUGCUUCCUGUAGCAUUCUCUGGAAAGAUGAUGAUAAAUGCCUACCCUGUCCUGCACAAGAUCCAAAUGUCUGUUCCUUAGUAGAAGGUAGGGUUCCUCAACCAAUGAGACCUCUGUAUGCGCAGAAGGAUGACCCGAGGACAUUUCCUAGGUGGCAUCCCUGUGGCUCAUUGGUGUCAGAAACACACAGGACAGGGCUUUUUGCUAUGAGUUUUUGUUGUUGUUGUUGUUAUUGUUGUUGGGAGUUGGACUUCCUAGGUAGCCCUGGCUGGUCUGGCUGAUCUAGUAUUCCCUAAUGUCUGGCCAGGCUGGUCACAGACUCAUGGCAGUCCUCCUGUCUCAGCCUUCUGAAUACUGGGAUGACAGUUGUGUACUAUCAUGUCUUGAUUUUUUUUCUUUUAACAAAUUUGGUCCCCUGGAUUUCCUUCCUCCAUGUUUUUGUAGGUCCUUAAGUCCAAGCUAAAGGCAGUCUGUCCCUUCUUGGUGUUAUGGUCUGCCCCAGUCUCUGGGUGUCUGUGAGGCUCACACUCACUGUCCCCCCCGUCCUCUUUACAUAGUAUUAUAACUGGCUGCUCACUGUGCUGCAAUGAGACUAGGGGUCCUAUGCCUUCGAGAUCUUUGUGUCCUCAAAGCCCAGCACAAUAUAGGUAUUCAGCACAUGUUUACUAUAAAAAUGAACAUAGAAGUAUACUUUCCGUCUCUCCAUGCUGAAGCCCUCUUGGGAGCCAUGCCUAAUUCUGGUAACAUGUAGCAGUAGUACCUCAAGCUGUCUUUCUUGUCCAUGGAAGACAUCAGUCAGUUGGAAGAAUUAUCUUAUAUUUUAAGAUUAUUAUUAUUGGAACUGAAAUGAUUGCCCUGGACAGAAUUCAUGAUAAAAUAACAACCACAUGGAAAUUACAGAUGCUGUACAUUAAAUGUUAAAUGCCAAAUAGAGGGGUAGGUAGGGAGAUACACUCUGGAUUUUGAUCUUAAUCUGCAUUUUGUGACAUUCUCUUAGGUGAGCAUUAAUGAGCAUCUGGCGAGAUAACAGAAUAAUUCCAGAGAGUGUUUUCCUUGUUUAGGAACUGUGAGUGAAGAAUUCUUUUAUCUUCCAGUUUAUCCAGGAGAAAGUCAUGCCUUGAUAGAAAGCACUCACCCUUGGAAGGUCAGCUCUCAACCAUGGUACUGUGGCUUCUUGGUCACAGUGGCUUUCAUCUUGCUGAUGAAACUUGGGUCUCUUUAGCAUUCCAGGGGAACACAUUGUAAAAACUUCAUCCAUUAGAGACAUUCCUUAGAGACAUUUAACAAUACAUAGCACUUUGGUUCUGUUCCAAAAUGUUUAGCUGUUGAGUAUUUUAGACAGAAACAGUAAGAAACUGGGAGAAGGAGAAUGUGAAAGGAGAUGGUAAAAAUAUGUCUUCGUGGGCCUUUCCCUUGGUGACUGAAGUCUUGGGUGAGGGUGUCCAGCUGCUCUCCAUCCUUUCCUGCACAUGUUCAUGAGGCAGCAUCCUCAGAGAUGCUUCUGGCUUCCCACGCCCUUUGACCUCAUCUUCAGUAUCUGUCUGGGAGAGCUGCAGGUGUAUUAGCGGUCAAGAAGUGCAGAAUGACCAGGCUGAGUUGUCUGCCCCGAGUCCACUAUAGACUUUACAUUUCUAAAUUAACAGUGGCCUGUGUGAUGGUUAGAGAGCAUAUGUUAUGACCUCUUACAUAAAAACCUGUUGAGCUUUCCAUCAGACUCAGUUAAAACGGAAGGCAGGACAUGUGUUUUUAAAAAAAAAACCUGGACGUCUGAUACAGAGCUCAGUCUGCCAUUGAAGUAACAGGACAGGAGAUCAACUUUUGAAAUGACUUCUUAAGUAGGCAUAAAAGGAAUGUCUGGAA